AUGAAUGAAGUCCCAGUCACUGGAUAUAUCACUGCUUGGAUCCUUGUUGCUGAAAUAGGAGUAAUUCUAGUCUCUUCCCAGGGCAAAAAGCAUGCUCAGAAAGUUCACCUUUACAUCCAAAUGCAUGCUGAGAAAGAUGAGUGGCAAGGGCAUGGCAAACAGGUGAAAACAGAUUGUAUCGAUUUUCAAAGGGAUGAAAGUGGAGUAGUGGACAGAAACAAAUACUGUAAUCUCUGCAACAUGUGUUUUAGAUCCCCAGUUGCUGCCUUAUCUCACUACUUGGGAAAGAUUCACUCUAAAAAGCUGAAGGAGUUAUCAGAAGACCAAGCCCAUGUGCCAGCACAGAGUAUGCAGCCCAUUCCUGCUUUACAGAAGCCAUUGUCUGAGAAGCCUUUACUGCUUUCAAAAGGCAAAGAGUCCACAUCAUCCUACAACACAAGGUUGAAGAUAAAUGAUUCAGACAAGUACUGCAAGCUCUGCUGUGCUCCUUUCAAUAGUCCACUUGCAGCCCAGGAGCACUAUGUUGGGAAGAAACACAGAAGAACUGAAGCACGGAAAAAGAUACUAGAGAGGUUAGGAGAUAAAGUUGUCCCUGCAGGAUCCAGCACUAAUGAUUCCUUCUUUACAGCAGUUGGAGUUGGUUAUUACAUGUGCCACAUAUGUAAUGUCAUAGUUACUUCUACAGAGACAUACCAGUCCCGUGUGCAAGGCAAUAAACAAUGGAUUAAUUUAUGCAGGGAAGCAGUGCUUGCAAAUCUCACAAAGACAUCAAAGAAAACAUACGGCUCCUUUCAAUGUAAAUCAGUGGAUUACAGAUACUGUAAAGAGCAAGAAGGGCAGGUCUCUGAAGUGAUCAUCAUCAGAGACGAGAGUUUCAGCCUAUCAGUUGCAGACUCUAAAUGCUCCUACGACCUUAUGCUGGCUGAAACUUCUACCAGCUCCUGCAGAAAAGAAGAGACAUUGCAGAUAAAAUGUUUUGAGGAGGAAAAAUCCAUCAGCCAAGAACUGAAGUAUAAGAAAGAAGCCAUAAAGCAGAAAAGAAAGAGAAAUAGUGAAGGUGCAUAUUUUGGAACAGAAGAUGAGAAGCAGAAGAUAAUGAAAUUUGAGAUAGACCUGGUAAAUGAGAAGAGAUCAAGACUUUGUAAAAACAAAAGGCUAAAGAGAGCGAAAAGGAUGAAAAGAAGCCACAGACAAUUGUCAAAGAGAAGAGGAGUCACUUUGGGAUGGAUCUGUCUUGGGAUAUUGAUAAAGGUUUUGCUUAGUUUUAAGAAGUUUCUCUGUUUGUAG